AUGAUAAAUUGGCUUUCAGGGAUCAGGAAGAUCGCUUAUUGGCAGGGGUCCGCAGCAGUGGGGGUACCCAGGGGUGGAGGGCUUGGAGCCACAACCAGCCGGGGGGAAGAAAGGAGCCAGAGUGGGACUUUUCCCCAAGGUGGGUGGGCAGCCGGGGCGGGGCGGGGCGGGGCCAGCCGGCCAGCUCCUAGUGCCACUCGCUCGGCCCGAAUCCCGCAGCCGGGGGAGAAUGGGGCGGUCCCGAGGCUGGGCCGUAGGACGGGGCGGGCCGUGGGCGCCAGGCCCGGGCCCCGCCCUCCCUCCGCCCUCCCUCCGCCCUCGCCACCUGAGACAGGUGGAGUCGUCGGAGUGGCUGCAGGAGUCAUGUCCCAGAAGGAGCCGGACCUGGAGCCCGGGCACCCUGCGGAGCCGGCGCCGCGCUGCCCGGUGCACGCCCAGGAGCUGAAAUGGUUCUGCGGCGCCGAGCGGCGGCUCGUGUGCGCCGGCUGCUGGGGGCCGGGGGGCCCGUGCCGCGAGCACCACGUCCGGAGGGCCGAGGAGCGGGCGGAGGAGCUGCGGAACAAAAUAGUGGAUCAUUGUGAGAAGCUGCAGCUACAGAGUGCCGGCAUCACCAAAUACAUGGCUGAAGUCUUGCCUCGGAAAAACCAAAACGCAGCGACCAUGGCCAGUGGAGCCCGUGAGGUGGUGAUCCAGCGGCUGAGUCUGGUUCGGAAUGUAUGUGAGAGCGAGGAACAGCGGCUGCUGGAGCAGGUGCACGCGGAGGAGGAGCGAGCCCACCAGAGCAUUCUGACCCAGCGGUCCCAUUGGACCGAGGCCUUACAGAAGCUUGGCACCAUCCGUGCCAAGCUAGUGGGCAUGCUCACUUAUCUCGAUGACCACAGCCUUAUUCAAUCAGAGCGGGAGAUUUUUGAGAGGACUGAGGAAGCUGAGGGAAUCUUGGAUCCCCAGGAAUCUGAGAAGUUAAAUUUUAAUCAGAAAUGUGUGCGGAGCCCAUUACUAACCCAGCUUUGGGCAUCAGCCGUUCUCUGCUGCCUCUCAGGUACUGAAGACAUUCGUGUGGAUGAAAGGACCAUCAGUCCCUUUCUCCAGCUGUCAGAGGAUAGGAGGACCCUUACUUUCAACCCCAAGAAGUCCAAGGCCUAUGCCGAUGGCCCAGAACGCUUUGACCACUGGCCCAAUGCCCUGGCUUCAACCUCCUUCCAGGGUGGGCUUCAUGCAUGGAUGGUGAAUGUGGAGAACAGCUGUGCUUAUAAGGUGGGAGUGUCCUCCAGUCAGCUGCCUCGAAAGGGUUCUGGCAAUGAUACCCGCCUUGGCUACAAUGCUUUCUCCUGGGUGUUCUCCCGCUAUGACCAGGAAUUUCGGUUCCUGCACUGUGGCCAGCACCAGCCUUUGGCCCUGUUGCGCUGUCCAGACCGCAUUGGGGUGUUGUUGGACUUGGCAGCGGGUGAGCUGUUGUUCUAUGAGCCCAGCUCAGGUGCCCUCUUGUGUUCCCACCACAUCCAGUUUGAGGGCCCUAUCUUCCCCGUCUUUGCUGUGGCUGACCAGAACAUCUCCAUUGUUCAGUGAUGGGCUGCUCUCACAAUAUUUAAAGGGUUCUCUCCCCCAACCCACCCUCAACAUCGUGGUACCAGGUUUUCCCAUUGUGCAUGCCCAUUAGCCAUCACCUGAGGGCAGAUAGUGGUGGGAAGAUGGAGCUGAGGUGGUCCUACCUUCCAGGUACUUGGGUGUGGUGAGGAGCCCGCCCUCACCCCAGUGUGCCACAGGUCUCUUUUCCCUAGCAUCCAUUCUUAAAGUACCUGAUAUAGGAGGACAAGGAAAGGUGAUAAAGGGAAGUAGUGGAAAGAGAACUGGACAAGCAGUCAGAUGCCUGGGUUCUGGUCUCCACUGUGUCACUGACUCAUUGUGAGAAGCUGAACAAGUUGUUUGAUCUCUUUAGGCAUCAAUCUCCUCAUCUGUAGGGGUAGAUGAGCCGAGGUGAUUUAUUAGCUCUCACAUUGGCGAUGGCAAUUACGGUUUCUGGUUCCCCUGGCAGUGACGGCUUGUGACUGCCAGGCCUGUGUUUAUAACCCCUUUUCUUCUGUUCAGGGACUCACCAGGGUCCACUCUCUCGCCUUCUGGAUGCAGGGUACUUCUCAGACCCCUACAUCUUAGGCUCAGUUGGGUAGGCUCUCCUACCAGGUGCUAACUUUAGCUGGAGUUCUGGGCCAGUCCUGCUGAGAGCUGCUGGCUUUCCUCUAACCCGGCCUGACUGAUGUCUUCCACCUCCUCAUGACUCAGCGGUACCCGUUCUCUAAGGCGAGGGGUUGGGCACAUGAAUAAGGAGCUUGAGAGGGGAAGGAGAGGAAGCAGGGAUGCCUGAUGGCAGGGCAGGCUCCUGAGGAGGUGCCUGGCUGUGGGGAAUAUUUAAAUUAU